AACUAUGGCCAUGAAUGCUGCAAUGGCCAGUAUGACUGCUGCCACCAUGACAGCUGCGUUGUCUAACAUGGGCACUCUGUCUUCAUUUCUCCCACUGCCCUCCAUUACCAAUAAGCCCCCUGCUCUUCCCGCACAGCCCAACACCACUGCUUUGGAGGAGCUGAAGAAGAAAGUAGCAAAGCAGGCCAACAGCAUCAGCAUUAAGGAGUUUACUGAUAAAUGCAAGAUGAUUGUGGACAGUAAAGGAGAACUACCAGUGGCAGUGCCUCAUGUAUCAGAUGAAGAGGAUGAUGGGAAACCCUUUGGAGGAUCAGCAUUUCAAGAGCAAAAAGCCAUCAGUUUCAACAUCAAUAACACAACUCUUCGUCCAGUGGUGCGUAGCGAUGCAGGAAUGGCAAAGGAGUUUCCUGUGUCUUCAGGAUCCCAACAUCGUAAAAAGGAAGGUGAGGCACUGGGUGCCUAUGGAGAAUGGGUUCCAGUUGACAAAACAGCAGACAAACCUGCAGCUGCCCCCAGAAAGGUGCUAACCACUGUUCCCACAGCAACAACUACUUCAUCAUCAGGUGAAACAGAGGCAGAGGCUGUUGAACAGUCAGAUAAUGACAGUGUUUUUCCUGACCCAGUACUGCAGCCAGUAGAUAUCUCUCAGGCUGUGACUGAGAGAAUCAGAGCUCAAAGGCGAUUGGCUGAGAACCCCUAUGACAUCAGUGCCAUCUGCAUGCUCAGUCGAGCACAAGAGCAGGUGGAUGCGUGGGCCCAGUCCAACACUGUUCCUGGCCUCUUUACUGGUUCAACUGGGGCCCAGGUCCUCAGCUCAGAGGAGCUGUCCACCAGCGGACCGCAAGCAUGGCUGAAGAAGGACCAGUUCCUCAAAGCAGCUCCAGUAUCAGGGGGUGUUGGGGAGCUCCUGAUGAGAAAGAUGGGCUGGAAGACAGGAGAGGGCCUAGGGAGGAAUCGCGAGGGUACCGUGGAGCCAAUCAUAAUUGACUUCAAGGUCGACCGCAAAGGACUAGUUGCUGAAGGAGAGAAGCCACAGAAGCAGACAGGAGGACUGGUGGUAACCAAAGACCUAAUGGGGAAGCACCCGGUGUCUGCUCUCAUUGAGUUGUGUAACAAGAGACGGAUCAUGCAGCCAGACUUUAUUAUGGUUCAUCACAGUGGUCCUGACCACCGCAAAAAUUUCCUCUUUAAGGUUGCAGUGAAUGGCAUUGACUAUCAACCCCAGACACCUAGUCCCAAUAAGAAACAUGCCAAGGCCAUGGCAGCAACAGUUGCCCUGCAGGCUCUGGGAGAGGUUCCUGUUGAUGGACCAGGACUCUACACAGGCCCUGUCUUCACUGCUGCUUCAACUGGACCCUUGUUCUCUACAUAGACAUGCAGUACACACGAGUGGGACUGAAAGAUCUUACACAAUACAGUUGUUUGGCUGUACUCUCACUUCAGUUGUGGGACAUAACAAAGGGGUUUUUGUCUCUACACCAGUGAUUUAUUUGUAUUUUAAGAAAUGAAAAGGUACAUUAAGCACACGAUAGUGAGAACCAUGAAGACCAGUCCAGCUUCAGAUGGCACCAAGAUCUUUGAUACAAAACUAUUGGUGACUUAUUUCACACUCUUGUUUUUAAGUCACUAUGUUCACGACAGGGUGGCAAAUAUGUCUAUGCCAGAUUGUUAGGAUGGGAAAAGAGUCAAUUUCAUAUUAAAAAGCAUGUAUGUAUGAUUUAUGUAUGAUAUUGUAGCAUUUUAGUCUGAUAGGUAUUAUACUGUAGUCUCACCCUUGACCAGACAUGUUUCUCUGAUUUGUCACAGCAAAGCAGACAUAUGUUAGGCAAUUAAAUGAAAAGUUAUAUCUUUAAAUGACUUUUGAAUGAAAUGAAUGCUUUGUUGUUUAGCAAGCUUUCUGUUGGUUUUGAUGUUACAUUUGUGGUUUAGCUUCUAACAAAAUGUUUCUCAUUAAGAGGCUGUUAAACUUUGUGAAACUGGCAUUCUAAAAUGUGCAAACACAAAAUAAAGAUUCUAUUUAUCUUA